AUGUUGACACGACAACACGCUUUGAAAAGCAGUAGACAAAUAGAAUCUAAAUCUACCCUAAAUAAUCCAGCUAACGAGACCGCGAAAAUGAAAAGUGCAAAAUCAAAGAGUACACCAAGCAAAUCACCAGGAAAAAGCGAAGAAAAACGAUUAGAUCAUGAAAAAUUGGACGAAAUCUACGAGAUGAUCAGAACUGUCAUGGCGAAACUAGAUAAGAUCAAAAACCUAGAUGAGAUCAAAAACCGAAUCGUUUGCGUUGAACAAGAUUUCAAGCAGAUGAAAUCUUCAUUAGAGUUUGUGCAUGCAGAAGUUGAAGAUUUAAAAGAGCAAGUUGAAAAUGCUAAGAAUUCGGAAGAGGAAAAUCGAAAUAGAAUUGUCGAAUUAGAGGAAGCAAAUCGACGCCUACACGAGAGUGUCAUCGAUCUGAAAGCUCGAUCAAUGCGCGAUAACCUGCUAUUCUUUAAUGUCGAAGAAGAGGAAAAGGAAAAUACCGAUGAGAAAAUUUUUCAGAUUCUCGAGGAGAAAUUAGAGAUUCCCGAUGCCAGGAAUAAGAUAAAAAUCGACAGAACACACCGAGUCGGAAGGAAACGCAACGCGCAACGUAAACCGAAAGCAAUAGUCGUUAAAUUCAAUUACUUUCGAGAUCGUGAAUUUAUCCGCCAAAACGCCAGGAAACUCCGAGGAACUCGCAUUGGAAUAGCUGAGCAAUUUGCAGAGGAAAUCGAGGACAUCAGACAAACUUUGUAUCCGGGGAUGAAGAAGGCCAAAGCAGCAAAACAGAGAGUACGUAUGGUCCGAGACAAAUUAUUUAUUAACGGUGUUGAGUUCAAACCUCAAGCGCAUCAACAUUUUCAAUACUAUAACUCUUUCGAACUUAUUUUAUACUACUAA